AUGCAGGCUCUGUGUCGCGUAGCCCGUCGUCUCUACUCGACGCAACCACCAGAACGGGCUGCAAGCGCCUUGCCAAAGCUUGCAGCGGCUGCCAGAGAUGCCUCAGCUCCCAUGGCCGUCCGUGAACGCCGCGAACGAAAACGAGCCCACCUCAAACCCCCCACUGACAGUGACCUCACUCCAUCAGAAUAUUCACGCUACAGACGAGCCCUCGCCAAGGGCGAGUUGAUGGAUAAUCAGGGGAGAGACCUGACGGAAGCUCAGUGGCUUGACGCCCUCAAUGAACGGCGGACGCGUCUUCGCGGUCUGAAGGUCACAGACAAUAACGGAGAGAAAGAGCUGCAGGUGGUUGGUCAGAGAAUCUAUCUCCCGAACAUCAUAUUCCGCAUGGUGCGCAACAAUACACCCACUGGGAAGCCCUAUAAUCCCUACGAAGCCACUUUCCGAAUCCCCAUGUCUGUCACGAAAACCGACAUUCGCUCGUAUCUAUCUGCCGUCUACGGCGUCAAAACUACCUACAUCCGAACUGCCAACUACUUCUCGCCAUUACAUCGUAUAUAUAAUGGAUCAAAGGCGACGAAAUCGUACAGGACAUACAAGCGUGCCAUCGUCGGUCUUGUAGAUCCAUUCUACUAUCCUCAAGCAAUGGAAGAUAUGACUGCAGAGGACAGAAAGAAACGGAUGGAUUGGCUGAACGAGAAGUUCGCGCUGGAUGCGUUGAAGAGAUGGAGGAGACAUGAACUAGUGCGGACGUCCAUGUCGGGGAGCAAGAACUGGCGCUUCACUGGCCACCUGCGGAGGGAUAAGAUUCUGAAGGCAGUCGCAAGGAGUCGUGCAAGAAUGCUGCGAGAAGUUGAGGAUGUGAAAGAGGAACUGGCAGAGAAGCGUGCCAAGGGCAUUCCCAUCUUCUCAGACACUAAGAACCGCUCGCGACCAAGUAAAUGGAAGGAGGCACUUUUGGCUAAUUAG